CUGUUUCUGCAGAUCCUAAAUCCAUAUCUUGUGAUUCAAGUCCAACUAAUUACACACCAAAUAGCCAAUUUGGGAACAACCUCAAGAUCCUUCUUGAGUCCCUAUCAUCGAACACUCCAUUAAAUCAAGGCUUCAACAGUGCUGCAAUCGGAAACAAUACUGAUCAAGUUUACGGGCAAGCUCUUUGCAGAGGGGAUAUCACUCCUGAAGUGUGCCGGGAUUGCAUAAAGAAUGCAAGCCAGGAGAUCAUGACAGUGUGUCCAACCCAAAAUGCAAUUAUAUGGCAUGAAUUCUGUCAAGUACGAUACUCACACCUGCCUUUCUUUUCCUCGAUGCUCUAUAAUGGAUUGUAUCCUGACUCGAACAAACAGGAGAAAAAUAUAUCAGACCGUGUUAGUUUUAUUAAUGUUUUGAAGGAUUUUAUGAAUAAACUCUCGGAUGAAGCCACUGUCAAUCCUUCUAACCUCAUGUUUGUUACUGGUAAAACCAAAUUUUCAAGGAAUGAAUCAAUCUAUGGGCUUGUACAGUGCACAAGAGACAUCUCUCAUAGUGAUUGUAGACAUUGUUUGACUGAUGAAUUUGGAGACCUUGAAGCGUGCUGCAGUUCUCUCCAAGGUGGUACAAUUUUCAGCAGAAACUGCAACAUGAGGUUUCAGCUAUACCAGUUUUACAACGAACCUACUAUCAACAGGCAAAGAAAGAAGAUUACGGUGGCUAUGCUCGUUAUCGGUGCAACAACAUUCGUGCUCGCAGGUCUUGCUGCUGGCCGCUAUGUUAUUUGGCGUCAGCGAAGCAAUGGAACACAAAAGGAUGAGGAAAGAAGCCAAAGUGCAUUGUUACAUGAAUUGGCAAACCCACCUAGUGUUGCCAUUAAUCAAGAAGGUCAAUUUGUCAGUUCUCAGGAACUGCCUUUCAUGGAGUUGGCUACUAUAAUGGCAGCCACAGACAACUUCUCUGAUUCAAAUAAGCUCGGACAAGGUGGGUUCGGCACUGUUUACAAGGGUGUCUUGUCUGAUGGCAAGGAAAUAGAAGUUAAAAGACUAUCGAGGAAAUCAUGGCAAGGAUUAGAGGAGAUCAUGAAUGAAGUCAUAGUAAUUGCAAAACUUCAACACAGAAACCUUGUCAGACUUUUGGGUUGUGGCAUACAGGAAGAAGAAAAGCUGCUCAUAUAUGAAUACAUGCCUAACAAAAGCCUUGAUCUCUUCCUAUUUGAUUUAGAGAAGUGUGUAGAACUUCACUGGGAUAUACGCUUUAAUAUUAUUCAUGGCAUUGCUCGGGGACUACUUUAUUUGCAUGAAGACUCAAGGCUUAAAAUCAUACACAGGGAUCUAAAGCCAAAUAAUGUUUUACUGGACCAAGAAAUGGUCGCAAAGAUUUCAGACUUUGGAAUGGCACGGAUUUUUGGCGAAGACCAAAACACUGCUAACACCAAAAGAGUUGUAGGAACAUAGUAAGUGUUUCCAAUAAUUUUAAAUAUCGGUCAAUAUGUAUCUUUCAAUAUACCAU